UGCGAGAGAUAUUUGAUAUCGCAGGAGAGAUUCCAGCAGAUUUUCCAGAGGGUGUUUAUAUAAGAAAUGGUAAACCUUCUAUGCUCCUACCGUCUUACCAACUGAGAGAUCACAAAAUGGAUGCAUGGAGCAGAAUCAAAAUGCAUGCAUGCAGGUUCAAACCCUCUCUUUGGAGCCCUCCACUCGUCAAGCUCUAUCUUUGGCAAGUCCCACGACAUUUGGGUCGAAGGAGAAGGCAUGCUCCACGCCGUGUACUUCACCAAGAGCAACAACAACACAUGGUCAAUCAAGUACACCAACCGCUACGUGCAGUCCGAUACAUUUAGGGUUGAGAAAGGACUGAAGAAACCAUGCUUCCUCCCUGCCACUGACGGUGACCCUCUUGCGAUGCUCAUAGCGGGUACCCUUAAUACUCUGAGGUUCGGAAAGGCUUUCAAGAACAUGAGCAACACCAGCGUGUUUGAGCAUGCUGGGAGAGUCUUCUCAGCAGCAGAAAAUGAUAACCCCCAUGAGAUUGACUUGUAUAGUCUUGGCACACUGGGUAGCUGGAAUGUUGAUGGAGGAUGGAAGAUGCCAUUCACUGCCCACCCCAAGGUAAUCCCUGGAACAGGAGAGUUGGUUAUCUUCGGGUUCAACGUGGAUGCGCCUUUUCUAACGGUUGGAGUUGUCUCAGCCGACGGGAAGAAACUACAGCAAAAGGUUGCUCUCGAGUUAGAUAGAUGCACAUAUUGUCACGAAAUAGGAGUCACUACAAUGUACAACAUUAUCUUAGAUGCUCCACUUACAAUCAACAAGGAAAGGAUGCUAAAAGGUGCUCCAUUGAUUGAAUUUGAAAAGGAUAGCUAUGCAAGAAUAGGUGUUAUGCCCCGUUAUGGUGAUGCAAACUCGAUAACAUGGUUUUAUGUACAAUCAUUCUGCACGAUCCAUCUUGUCAACUGCUUUGAAGAAGAUGAUGAGGUCGUUGUGAGAGGAUUUCAUGUGCCAGGUUCUAUCAUUUUGGGGCCAAGGAUAAACUCCAAUCAAGGACUAACCGAGGAAUGUUUUUCUCGCUUGUAUGAGUGGAGACUAAACUUGAAAACAAGGACAGCUAUAGGCAAAUACUUAACUGGAAAAGAGGUUGCCCUGGAAUUCCCAGUAAUCAAUGACAAGUAUGUUGGCUUGCCUCACAAGUAUGCAUAUGCACAAGUGGCAGAUUCUCCGGCAAAUUUGGCAGGUGGUCCAGGAAUAGGUAUUGGUAAACAUACAUCAGUACACUACUUAAUAUAUGGAACUUCUAUUCAAACUUGAGAAAUAGAUAUAAAAUAGGGGUUAUUGUCCAUACAUCAGUCACUUGUCCUAAUUUGCACAGAUACUUGUCACAAAAAACAUGCUAAUUUAGAUGCCAUUCAGCCACAAGGGUAUCAUAUUACCCAUGAUGAUCCAUAAAUCCAACAUGUGAAGACAUAUAUUAGUUGGCCAUGAAAUCUUGGAUGUAAUUCCCAUAUUGUUUCUUUGACACUCCUUCCAUUCCAAAAUGUGGCCUCAUAUGUGAGAAAUAGAAGUAUAUGACCCAAUUAAUUAAAAUAUAUUAAUACAUGGAACACAUAAUAUUUGUUUAUUUUUACACAACUAAAAAAUAGAACAAAUAUAACAGGUGAAUAAGGUAGUCACCCUACACUGAUUUGGCCACAUUAAAAUUUUAAAGUAUUAACAUAGAUAAGUGAAGUGCAUCUGUCUCUCUAGUCAAAAGCAAAUAUUGUCCUAGGAUCAUGGAAGAGAAGUGUUUUGACUCCACCUUUCUGAAUCUUCAAAGUGGGCACACAAAUGGUAUGAGUAGAUUGUCAUGAAAAUAUUUCAUAGCUAUAUUACACACACAUUACACGGACCCAAAUCAACCACAGGAGGUUCAAUUCAUGCCAUACUGACCAUCAUGACAUCUAUUGGCCACUUUUUUCAUGGCCAUGCACACAAUAUGUCAAAUAAGAAAGCUACCAUUAAUGGCUAUAGAUCCAUCUACAAAAAAUGUCAUUUAUUGGUCACAAUGCAAUGUUAUUUAGUCUAAAUGUCCAUCGCAUGCAAAUUUUGUGCAAUAUAGUUUAAUACUAUUCUGAAUCAUGUAGUACGACCAAAAUUCGGAGGUUUUUCAAAAAUUUGUCUUGAUGAGAAAGAGGACGCAACCACCAAGAACAAAGGCAGAGAAGACCUCAUAAAAGUGAAGUAUCAUCACCUUGACAGAAAUCAAUUCUGCUCUGGAGCAACUUUUGUGCCAAAGGUCAAUGGUACAAACGAAGACGAUGGCUGGAUAGUUUCGUUUGUGCAUGAUGAGGGGACAAAUAAAUCUAAAGUGCACAUCAUCAACGCACAAACAUUUGAGUAUGAGCCUAUUGCCAAGAUAACACUGCCGCAAAGAGUGCCAUAUGGUUUUCAUGGAGCAUUUAUAUCAAAAAGUACAUGACAAAGGACAUGAUUUUCCUAUAAGCCAUGCAUCCACCACUUAAUGCAUAAUAUAUUCAUAUAUAAAGUUUACCAUUUAUUAUGACUGUGACUUUAUGGCAACCCUAUGGUUUUCAUAGAAGACUUGUAUCAAAAGGUGCAUAACAAAGUGACAGUUUUACCUAUAAGCAUCUAUAUCAGUAAACUCUGACAGACCCCUCGAUAGAGUGUUGCGACUAGCUGGAAGAAAUAGAGAGGUAACAGAGGAUCGAUUCACAUAGGUUUGGGACCUCAUGGUGGAGGUAAAACCCUAAUCAUGCUGGUAUUAUACUGUGAUGAUGGGGGUGUACAAGGUGCAAGGAUGUAUCGAGCGAUAGAUUGUAAGAUGUUUUGGACUAGUCCUCCCCUUGCUUAUAAAGGGUGUCGGGGGUCUAUGGUUUAUAGGAAUCCUAGCCGACCUAAGCAACAUGGAGAAUCCAUAUGGCAGCCUACCCAUAUGAGCACCUCCGAGAGACUGAGCUGGCACAUCAUCUUGAGAUUGACGAAGUCAUCAUAGAUGCAUUCGUAGUCGACAGGAGUUUCUCCUCCCAUUGAAUACACAUGGCCGGAAGGCCUGAAAUAAAUUCAAAAAAAUGUAAGCACCAGUCUCAAGUUUAGGACUUGAACCCUGGUGGGUUGAGGAUGCCAAUGUCCUCCUAACCAUCUAACCACAGGUCAAGCCAGCACUGUAGAGGAGUGGCGGCAGCGGCGUGACGGUGACUCGUUCUGACGGCAAUAAUGGUCGUUCGGUGGUCUUGAAAUCUCAAUGUAAUAAUUUUUAUUAUGUUUGAGAUGCUUUGUACUUCCAAUGAACUUCU